AAUAAAACAAAAAUAAAGAUGAUGGAAAAUGCACCACUUCAAUGCCCAAUUUACCGUUUUAAUUGUUGAUGAAGUGAAAUAAAACGAUCGUAGAUUAAUCAUCUUUGAACUUUACCUACUAGUCCCAGAUAGGGAUCCCAAAAGUGAUCAUCCAUGGCGUUCCCUAUCAAUGCACUGAGUUCAGGAGAAAUAUCUGUGUACAGGAAGCCUAAGAACAAAGAACUACCAUCGCGAGGGUUUAAAGAAUAUGCUCCUGAUGGCUCGUGGGUUCAGGAAAAGAGGUUGGAGAAGGCCUUGGCUAACACUAGGGAGGUCCUGUCAGAAGCCAAAGUCAAUUUGUGUGGUUCCCUUGUGACUGGAUUAUGGCUUCCUGAUCAAUCUCUUGUUGAAGUUGUGAAGGGGAAGGGUCUCUUCUGGCAAUACAUGGGUCAUUCCGAGAUGAAGAAGGAUUAUCUGUUCCCUGAGGAGGCCUUGUUCCUGUUGGACUCGGGGACAAUGGAGGUGCUUUAUGGUGGGAUGCCCCUGAGUAUUCAGCAGGCCUAUGCAAGACUCCUUUGUGAUCUGACCAUUGCAGAGUAUCAAGUCUAUGCUCACCUGAUGAGGCAGGGUUAUAUUGUCAGCAGAUAUAGACCAGGAUCUGAUAUCAAAAUAACCAAGUAUGAGAAGAAGAUAGGACUUGACCAUCAUAUCAGUAAGAAACUCAGAAAACAACAAAGAAACGAAACCAUCGGCAAGAUUAUUACAGAAGACGGGACGUGCAGGAAAAGAACUUCAGCUGCUGCAGGUAGUGAGGAGUGUGUGGGGGCAAGGAAACGUCCAAGAGAUGGUGACGGUUUGAAAUUUAGUUCUCGGUGUGUGGAAGGAGGAAUGGCUAAAUCUGAUUCACUGGUUGUGGAGGGUGUUCAAUUGCUUAGUGGGACUUCAUGUUCCAUGGAGGGUGGUCAAGGGCGAAGUGAUACUUCAUGUCCAAUGGAGGUUGGACAAAAGAUAAGUGAAACGUCAUGUCCCAUUGAUGAUAGAGUGACAGGCCAUGUUGCAAUUUGGACCAGUUCAGAAGUUUCAGAAAUAGGGGCUGAUUUAUCUUCCUCUGAAAAAAACAAUCUGUCGCAAGAUCCUGCUCGAAAAGGGUCAAGUGACUUGAUCAAAAACGUCUGUGAUGAUAGUGAUAUCACUAACGUUUGUGAGUCCAGAGACACUUCAGCAAUUGAUGUGCCAGACUUUGAAGACCCAGCAUUGCUGGUAAACGACUCAAGGAAUUCAAAAGAAUGGAGUGAAAAGUUGCCAUACACCAAUUGGAAUUUUGCAGACUUUGCGUUUCUUAGCAUCAGUGAGAGAGAUUCUGAGUUCGAUAAACCAGACCCUUCACUUUUACCACGAAAUGUUGAUCUCAAGAACAGCUCCUUUCAUAGUCAGCGGUUUUCGUUACCGGCUCAAAGGUUUAACAAUCCUUCUUGCGAUACAGACACUGAACUUGAGUUUUCCUGUGGUGAUAUUUGGAAUCGGUCGAAACCUAAGACAUCGUCUGCAAGGAAUUGGUGUGAAUAUAAACAAGAACUUUUAAAAGUCACUGAAGAAGAGGAUGACUUGCAGAAAACUCCCAUCAGCCAUUUAUGGGAAGGCGAUGUCACACCACUGCUCCAACCUCAUGGUGCCAAAUCUACAGCACUCACAUUAGAAAAACUUCAGGUGGUUCAAUCAAGAUCAUGGGAUUCUAAUGAAAAGCUUUCAUCUGACAUUCCAGCAGAAGAAUUACGAGUGACCUUCAACCUGUACUCCCCAGACAUAAAGACAAGCUACAGAAAAUCCACUCCUCCGCUUCCAAAUUACAGAGUUUGUGUUCUCAGGCAAAGUGCGUCUCCCCCGGACUUGGCCAUGAUCACCCAUGUUGUGAAGCAGACGAGAGAUGAUGUGCCAAUACUAUGGGCAGUAUCGGACUACGGUGACAUUCAGUUCUUCACUUUCUCUCCUGUGGAAAUGCCGGUGGAUGUGAACAUUGGAUAAUAUGUAUCAUGUCAGAUGUUACAGUCCCAGUCACAAUUAACAUACCUUCUGCUUUGCAUAAGCUGUUCACAGGUUGUUGUAGGUUGCGGUACAUGUACAUUUUAUUAUGCAAAUUAGAUGAUGUCAUUUGUGGUUGGAAGUGUACUUUUGAAUGUUCAGUUUAUGGAAAGAAGUGCUAGUUUUCUAAGAAUCUGAGCUCACAAAAUCAUGACGAGUAUUAAAAGUCAUAGCUGUUUUAUUCAUGAAUAAUGACUAAUGUUCUAAA